UCAACUUGGUUAAAUAUAACUUGGUAAGCGUCGCCGUUUUGAUCCAAAUAUGGAGUAAUCUCAAGUUUCUGAGCGUCGCGACGGUAACGUCUAAGUUGGGGUCAGCGUAGUGGCGUCGGCGUCGUGGGCAGUUGUCAGUUACCAUGGCCAGUCCAAGGAUCUAGUGGUCAAGUGGUUUAUUGCUCUGUGUGAAAAACAUAUUUAUAUUUUUGUAAAAAAGUUGAGUGUUGUGAAAGUGGUUUGGACAUAAGUAAACUCGAUGCAAGGGACGAGUGUAGUCAAUAGGACCAUUCCUGACCCAGAGGAUAACAAACCCAUCAGGGGCAGAAGAAAGUCCCGAUGGAAGCUGAAGUUCCACCACCAAGCGUUGCCGGCGGAGUACUUGGACCACUACACAGCCUCUCUCAACGCAGCGGCCGCCACAGCUGUGUCCAGCCCCGCAGUGACUCCGCCAGCCACAGCCCCGCCAGCCACAGUGAGGUACAACGACCUGCCGUACAUGGGGGAGAUGACAUUGGACAACGCAAGACCACGCCGAGGCCGUAAACCCAAGAAAGCCGACAUCUGUCACCUAAUCUACAAAAACUACGGAACAACUGUUGUGGACGAACCUUUGAACCUGUGUGUCCGUGACUUGAAAGCUAAAUCAGCUAGUGAAGUGUCAAUGUGCAAGUUCAAGUUUACAGGUGGUGCCACACCUUCUUUGGAGGAGAAGAAAAUGCUGUCUAUGGAUCCUAGUGGUAACUUCCGCUACUACGGGGGAGGUGAACCGCAAAGAAGAAAAAGCAGGAAAUCCCUCGCCAGGGAAAAGCUCGAAAAGACUUUUAGAGAAAAAGGAUUUUUAAUACAGACUCAGCAGCUGGAGUCUGCUCAGGGAGCCACGUACUGCAAGUUCAGACAGUUACGGAAAUUCACACGUUACUUGUUCAGGAGCUGGAAACAUCAUCUGCCUGGAGAUGUUAUUUCUGAGCCUGUUACGGAAACUUCGCUGGCUAGAUAAUGUGAUAAGACUUCAUGCAGGAUAGGAUAGAGUAUUGUUCAAAAGUUUUUUUGUUAUUUACAAAGUUUUUAAAUUCUGAUUCUCGGGUAAGGAAGACUAAUUUUUGAUAUAAGAAAUGGUUUGUUCUUAAUUUAAUUUUAUUAACUUAAGUGUCACUUAAAUUAUAACCUUAGAGUGAGUUAAAAUGGCACUAAAUAUAGACUGAUUAUUGGCCUUGAAUAAGAGGAAUUUUUUGUAACGUAGUCUUAUAAAAUUUAUAAUAAUGGCACACUCUUAUUUAUACAAAAGUUAAAUUUCGUUUGGAAUAGUUUUGUGCUUGAUUCACUACCCAUAACAACUUAUAGAUUUGAAAUUAAUUAGAUUACUAAUUCUUAACAAAAAGUUAAAUUUUAACUAUUCAAACGAUUAUUUUAAUUGACCUAUUCUCUAAAAAUGUUAACACAAUUAGAACAGUUUUUCACUAUUCUUUCAUAAACAAUCUUUAUUUUAACAAAUUCAUUAGGUUUUUACGAAUUAACUAGAUAUCUACGCCUUAAUCAUUGACUGAAUACAGUCAGAUAAUUGCUAAAAAACUGUAAUGUUAAAAGGCCAACGUUAAGGCUAUGCUGCGGCUUUAGUCAAAACCUAUUGAUAUGAAAUUUGAAAAUGUGAACAGUGGAAGGAUCUGGUCAGUGGUGGUUCUAGGACAUUGUCAAGGGGGGGAUUGCACCUUGGCUACCAGGUGGUUUAGGGGUUCCCAAGAAAGGAGGGGGGAUCAUGUCCUCCUUCUAGAAUAUUUGGUAUUUUUAAAACUGUUUAUUGACUUUCUAAAGCUAUUUUAAGGUCUAGAACUGUGCUUUAAAACCUCCCUUACGUUUUCCAGAUGAGAUCUAUGUAUUUUUUUAAAUUUAACAACUGCUUUACUUGCUUUAGCCCCUGUAGCCCCCCCAACCCUUUUGAACCACCGCUGAAUCUGGUAGAUGUUGUUAAGAUUAUUCUUUGUAAGUUGAACCUCAAAUUAAACAUUUUUAACAACUAGAACUCUUACUGAGUGUGCGUCCAACAAAAACAUAAUUUUAAAUAUUUGUGUUCAUGGGAUGUGGAAAAUCAUUGUAACGAUAGGCAUAAUUUAUGAAACUAAAUAAUCCUUGGAGUUCAAUGGGUUAAGGUAUUGUUGUGAUUGGUCCCCAGACCAUCUUUAUUACAAACUUAAUCAAUCUAGUCCGAUUUGCGAGGUGUGAUACGGUUGUAUUUGUGAUCAGAGUGUUUAUUAAUUUAGCUGCUAAGACUUAUGAGAUUAUAUAGUGUUUAAGAUUUGUAUAAGAUUUUAUAUAAGACUUUAUCGUUGUCAACUGUUGUAAUAUAUGUAAAUAUUGUUUGCUUUGUUAUCACGGUAAAAUAUUUUACUAAAAUAAAACAUUGGUUUUGUAA